GAUCAAUAAUAAUGACUGCCCCGGCUAACACCGGCUAGGUGGCCCACCUCAUAUACAUACUAAAUGCUGCAAAGCUAAGUUAUAUGUCCGUUUAUGUUAAUGUGUUGCUUUAACGUUACUUUAAUUAUCUCGAAUUAGCUAGCUAACUCACACCUCCAAAAUGUAUUGAUGCGCUAACUGUUAAUGCAAAUUAUCUCAUGAUGGCAGUGUAGCAUAGCAUAACGUUACUGUACACAGUUAACGUUAUUGUUAACGCGUUCUGUCUAGUUAAUAGACUUUACCAGCAAUAAGUCAUGAACCCCAGACAUAUUAAAGUGGACAAUUACACAUUUAAAAUAGAUAUGCAAAUAUUUGCACUAACCAGGUAAUGUGUGCCAAAUGUGAAGUUAAGAUGAUCUAGCUAAGUAGGCUAAUAUCCUUAAAUGUAUUCGGAUAUCAUUUGCGCCCUGCUACUGUUGGAAUACCAAUAAACUGACUUAAAUUGGGUGUACCCUGAUACACUCCAAUAUAUUGUAAAUGAAUAGGAAUUAGCCUACACAUCAAUGAAUUAAGGUUUGGGUGACAAUUCAGUACUAUAGUUAAUGUCUUUCAUGUGGAAUAAUAAUGUAUUAGGAUUUUACAAAACUCAGUUGUCUGAAUUAAUUACUUCAAAUAUAGGGAUGCAACCAAUGAUUAUUAGUAUCUAGUACAUACAAUGUAAGGAUAAAGCCCAGCAGAGACCAAUGACCUUCCUAUUGCUGGUUGUGUCUGACCAACAAUUCAGAAAUAUUCAAUUGUAUUCAAAUGUAAUGCAUGCAUUCGAUAAGAUGAAACCAGCAAAUGUUUAGUCUUUUUUUGCUUAAUAAAUUAAAAAUAUUUGCAUACAGAAGUGAUGUAGUGCGUAGGGUAGUACAGUACACACAUUUAUACAACCUUAUGUUAGCAAGAUAAGCUGUAUGACAGUUUAAGUGUAAAGUAGGGCUGAAUGAUUUUGGGGGGGACUCUAAUUGCGAUUUUCCUACCAGAUAUUGCAAUUAUGAUUCAAUUUGCGUUUUUUUAGCUACAUAUUGCACCUUCUAUGAUCAUGUUAAAUAAAGUAAUAAAAAAUAAAUGAAAGAUCCACUGAAAAUAGUAAACGAUCUGUGAUAUGUAACAUUAUUCCAGGAUUAAUCUUAUGAAAAAACAGUAAAUCUAAUAAUGAAAAGAGGAAUAAAAAAUGUUAAAUCAAAUGUUACACCAAACAUUCAACUAAAUAUUUCACGUUCGAUUAAUCAGGGUCUUCAUGAUAAGCUAAUUGCAUUCUUUCGAUUUGAAAACGAUUAAUCGUUCAGCCUUAGUGUAAAGUAUCAUGUUUUUAGUGGAUAUAAGAAACUAUUUGUUGGAUGUCUUAUUGAAUUCCAGAAAUAAUUGAAUAGAUAUCCAUAUAUAUUGUUGUUCUACUAUAUCAUGGUUAUAAGUAGGUUUGAAACUUAACUACUGAUCCAUCUUUUGGUAAUUGUUAUGGUCAUUGCAUUGUCAUAAAGCACAAGAGCUUAAAAUUGCUUCUUGUCUAAGUAAGUCCUAAAUCCUAAAGGUAAUCAGCUUCUAUUGAUAGGAAGCAGAAAAGCCAAGCCACUGCUGUGAAGCUGCAUUUUAUAGGACUUAAAACACUGAAGAAACCGAGGAAAGCUAAUCGUCGAUCGAAGUAUUUAGGAAUAAAACAAAUCCCUUGUUUAAGAAUUAAACAAUCCCUUGUAUGAUGUAUUUGCAUAUUUGUUAUGUUUCUUCCACCAGAAAAAACAUAAUUCAAGGACUUGGGCAUGUGAACCCAAACACCUAAGACAUGUGAGUCUCGACCUUUCUGUCCCAGAUCUUCUUUACCCUGAGUAGAAAUUGAAGUUUGACAAUGUCGAGCCGCCGGAAAUCGACCACACCUUGCAUGGUGCUGCCCACUGAUGUGGUGGAGCAGGAAGAGGUGGAGGAGAAAACCGAGAGGACAAAGGAGGAGGAAGAGGAGGAGGAAGGGAAGAAGAAGGAGGGAGCAGAGGAGCUGGGUCAGGCAGUAGUGGUUGUCCCCACCCCUCCAGAUACCGAUGAGCCCAAUCUCUCUGCUGUAGAAGACAACGAAGUCCUUGCUCCCUCACUAAAGCUCAGCGCUACAAACCCUCCUGAGGAUCUAAGCAGCGACCAGCCGCCCCAAGAACAACAGUGUGAUACACCCGAGGAGGGAGAAGCAGACCCUGCCACGGUUGCUGCCAUUUCCCUCAGCAAGACCCCCAUCAUGAGGAUGAAGACCAAAUCUGAACCCAAGAGGAUCGCCGUGUCCCUGAAAUCAACAGACAAAGCGGUUGAUGGUUUUGGAAGGGGUGGUGAGGGAGAGGUGGGAGGAGAUCAGGAGCCCAUUGAAGCUCCUCUCGGGCCUAUGACGCCCGUGGAGAUGCUGCUGCACGACUCCAUGAAGCUCGGGGGAGGGGGCUUGCUGGUCAGCCCAUACUCAGAGCAGCAGAGAAAAUCAGCAACUUUAAACCCCACAGUUCUGCCUGCUGGCCUGGCACAGGUGCUGUCUGCUUUCCAGGCCCAGCAGAGUGCAGCAGCAGCUCAGCCUCAGCUGCUGAUUCCCCUCAGCAGCAUCCCAUCCUACAGUGCAGCUAUGGACACCAACCCCCUGCUGGGCAGCACAUACAAGAAGUUUCCUUACCCCUCAAUGGCCGAGAUCAACAGCCUGGCAGCACAUACACAGUUCACAGAGGAGCAGAUCAAGGUGUGGUUCUCAGCCCAGCGGCUGAAGCACGGUGUGAGCUGGACUCCAGAGGAAGUGGAGGAGGCCAGGAGGAAACAGUUUAAUGGCACGGUGCACACGGUGCCUCAGACCAUCACUGUCAUACCUGCUCACCAGCUCUCAGCAGCUGCCAACGGCCUGCAGUCCAUUCUUCAGACCUGCCAGAUAGUGGGCCAGCCCGGCCUGGUAUUCACACAGGUUGGCCCAGGAGGGCACCUUCCAGUGACAAGUCCCAUCACUCUGACAGUGGCAGGGCUGCCCAGCCAGUCCCAGAGCUCCAGCAGAGUUUCCUGCCAGCCCACCCCAGCAAACAGUGAGCUGAAACGGGCUACUACUGUCCAGCCUCCCUCUCUUUCUCCACAGGAAAACUCCGCCCUCAGUGCUGACACAUUCAGUUUGCGGCCGAAGAAGUCCAAAGAGCAGCUGGCAGAGCUGAAAGCCAGCUACCUGAAAAACCACUUUGUCACUGAUACAGAAAUUUCCCGGCUGAUGAAGCUCACCAACCUCACAAAGGGAGAGAUCAAGAAAUGGUUCAGUGACACCAGGUACAACCAGCGCAACUCCAAGAACAGCAAUGUCAUAGUUUUCCCUGACGGAGGGGGCAGAGGAAGUGGCAACUGUGGUAGCAGUGCUGGCCCCACCAUUGUUAUUGACUCAAGCGAUGAGACCCCCACAUCUCCCCAUCCUCCGCGCACCCCUCCUGUGAAGGAGAAGGAGACACGGCCCAAAACAUGGAAUCCAUUCCCAGAUUUCACCCUGCAGAAGUUUAAGGAGAAGACUCCGGAGCAGCUGGUGGUGCUGGAGGAAAGUUUCAAGAAGAGCGGCACCCCAUCAGAUGAAGAACUAAGCCGCCUGAGAACAGAGACUAAACUGACGCGGAGGGAGAUUGAUGCCUGGUUCACUGAGAGACGAAAGAUGCCGUCUGUCAGUACUUCCCCCCCGGGUUCUUCAGAGGGAGGAAAGAUGGAGGUAGACGGAGGAAAAGCAGGAGAAGGAGCCACUUCUUCUUCUCCUUCUGCCUCCUCGUCUCGUAAAGGUAGCCAAACUCCUCCUGGCGGUCGGAGCAACAAAGACGUGAAAGAUAAGAGUAAAAAGACUCCGGAGCAGCUCCAUAUUUUAAAAAGUGCCUUUGUGCGGACCCAGUGGCCCACACCAGAGGAGUACGCCCAGCUGGCAGAACAGAGCGGCCUCCCUCGGUCCUACAUCGUCAGCUGGUUCGGGGACUCUCGGUACUCGUGGAAGAACAGUAACCUGAAAUGGUUCUUCCAAUACCAAAGUGGCAACGUCGAAGGGCCAAGCAGCGGAGGAAGCAAUAAAAUGGGAAGCAGCAGCAGCAGCAGCAGCGCCAGUCGAAAAAGACGAAGCCGAAAUCGUGGUUGGGGGCGGUCCCGAACCAGAAAGCAGCCAAGAAGAUCUGCCUCCUGCAGUGCAGAUGUGGAUAGAUCUCCCCCGUCAAAGAAAUUCAAGAGUGGGAGGGAGAUUCUGAGGGAGUACUACAUGAAGCACCGCUUUCUCAAUGAGCAAGACCUGGAUGAGCUUGUCACCAAGACCAACAUGAGCUACGAACAGGUGAGGGAGUGGUUCGCCGAGGUCCAGCGGCGCUUGGAGACGGGGUCGGAUCCCUUCCUGGAGGCGGCGGCGGCGGCGGCGGCAGGAAGGACAGGCGGCGGCAAAGCAGGAGAGGGAGGGGAGACGCAGGGAGAGGCGUCGACCGUCACCGCGGAGCAGCCCGGCACGGGGGUGGGAGACGAGGAUGAUGAGGAUGAUGAUGAUGAUGAAGGCGACGACGCCGACGACACAGACGACAGUGAGGUUUGGGAGCCGUCGCGCAGCGUCAGGAAAUCCUUGUCAGUCUCCGAAGACUAAUGAUUGUGGAAAGCACGGUGAAACAACACAGAAUGUUACAAGAGAAAUAUAGUUUUAUGAUCAAUGGAAGACGGUUAACUCAACCAAGUCUUUUUGCCACUGAUUAGCGAAUGUACUCAACAUGAAUUCACUGUAUUUUGAAACUAUUUCUGACAUCACACGUCUACACGAGACUAACAGAUGGACUAUUAGCUUUAGCUCACUCUCUCAAUGCUUACCUUAUUAACUGUAAGUCAUGUGUAACAGUUUAGAGUCAUGGUAAAGAAGGAGUUUUUAGCAAACUCUGGCACAGCAAACUCUGAACAUCAAGCGCAAUCUUCAAGCUGAAGAAGAAAACUGUUGAGUUGAAAUGGUUACCCAAAAAAAAGACUGUGUGUCCAGACACAUCCGUACAAUGGAUUUCAAUUGAUGCGUACUGACUGUUGUAAACUAGAGAUUCUACUGUCAGCCAC